CACACACACACACACUCACACAUUCACUCAGUCACUCACUCUCUCUCCAUGUCUCUGUGGUGUGUCUCUCUCCCUCGGUGACGCACAGAGCAGGAGCGGAUGUCGGAUGUCCGACGACUGGACGGACGCAUGUUUACAUCCACACAGACGCGCGGAUGUGCGCGGCGCACCGCACCGUGAACUGGCGCGGCUCGUGUCGGGAACAGACCGUGUGGGCCCGCAUCAUCAUAUGAACUCCUGCGUUUUUAUCUCCACUGGGAAACAAAGUGAGUCUGCAGCAGCAGCAGCAGCAGCAGCAGCAGGAACACGAGCAGGAGGAGACCGUGACAUGUUGUGAUCUGCGGGCUCAAUUACAGAAUGCACAUUAAACCGUCACUAGUUCCCCCUUGUGGUGCGGAGGAAUGAGGGCCUUUGGAUGAAGGCCAUGGAGCUGAAAGUGUGGGUGGACGGUGUGCAGCGCAUCGUGUGCGGGGUCACGGAGUUCACCACAUGUCAGGAAGUGGUCAUCGCUUUGGCACAAGCUAUUGGACGCACCGGCAGAUACACGUUGAUCGAGAAAUGGCGGGAUACCGAGCGCCACCUGGCUCCAAACGAAAACCCUGUGGUGUCCCUGAACAAGUGGGGUCAGUAUGCCAGCGAUGUGCAGCUCAUACUCCAGAGAACCAGCCCGUCCAUCAGCGAGCGGCCCACUUCUGACAGGCAGGCUCGCGUUCCGGAGCGAGGCUUCUACCGCCAGAGCCUCCCACCUCUGGCCAAGUUCCGCACUUCGGGCGCAGACCACUCGCUGAAGCGAAGGGAACCCAAGCGCAAGUCGCUGACCUUCUCUGGAGGAGCCAAAGGUCUGCGGGAGAUCUUUGGGAGAAGCAGAGAUGCUGAAGCCAAACAGGCUCAGCAGCGCAGUGUGAGCUUGAACCUGAGCAGAGUUGGAGGCGGCGGAAUAGCAUCUGUGCCUGGGAGUCCGGCCAGAGAUUUGAGCCGGCUGGUGCAGCUGCAGAGAGACAAACUCCAGGCCCUGGAGAGCCGUCUGCUGGGCUGUGAGGCCGAGCUGGGAGAGUGGGAGGAGGCCGCCAGUGAAGCCAUUGAAAGAGAGAAUCUGGAGGUAGAGCUUCUGCUCUUAGAGCAGCAGGUGCGGAGGAACGACGCCGAGAUCGAGGAGGACGAAUUCUGGCAGAACGAGCUUCAGAUCGAGCAGGAGAGCGAGCGGCAGCUCAGGCAACAGUUAGCCGAGCUGCAGGGCCGUGUGCGCGAGUGCGAGGCCAAGCUUUCAGAGCAUCUCGCGCACAUACAGAGCAUGGAAACCGGCGUGGAGCAGGAGCGGCUGCAGCAGGAGGCCGAGCUCAACCAGAGGGUCAAUGACGAGGAGGUGCAGUCCCAGCUGGAGAAAGUGAGGGCAGAGCUGGAAAUGCAGAGCCAACAAACGGCGCGGCUGGAGAGCAGCUGCAGGGCGUUGGAGCGCUCGCUCAGCCAGUCAGGCAAGAGAUUACAGGAAAAAGAGCAGGAGCUGGAGCAGCUGACAAAAGAGCUGCGACAGGUCAACCUGCAGCAGUUCAUCCAGCAGACGGGAACCAAGGUCACCGUGCUGCCUGCUCAGCCCUCAGCAGAGGACAAUGAAGUGGCACGCGACUCUCUGAGAAGACGAGGCUCGUCGCGCCUCUUACCCAGCGACCUCCGAACUCUUCAGAGCGCCGUCUCCUCCAGCCUCAACCCAGAAGGGAUCUACGUUUGACCCCGGGAGACGUGACAUUAUUUUUGGCAGUGGCACGGCCAGAUGUCCUAUUGGACUCUUUUCUAUUACAGAGAAAGGUCAAAACGAAAAAAGUGACCUGCUGAAAAUGCUCCUGAGCAAAAACACUGAAACAAUCUAACCUGAAGAGAGAGAAAAAAAAACAUGUUCUGGAGGAUAAACAUGGUUGAUUUGUUUUUGCACUGCCUCCCUCUCUACCUUUCAUGCCAUAACUGACACUCAAAGUGAUGUCAAUAUCCAUUUUCAUUGCCUGGAUUCUUAAGAAAUGGGUGAAGAUUCGUCUUGAAAAAUCCAGCCAGCGGACAAACAAUGUGGAUUUAAAGAGAUGCAAAGUUUGGACACAUGUACACGUAUGCAUAAACAAACAUAGAAGAAAAAAAAGAGUCGUGCAUGAGCAUGCACAAACAGAACAGUGACGUCACACCUGUGCUAUAACUGUAGCCAUAUCUGAUUGCCUUACUCUGGUGUUUUGUUUUGUUUUUAAACCAGACUUCAAUAUGUGUAAAAGAAACUCAAGGUAGCUACUAAACGUAUAUUAUUUAGCAUUAGCACCGGUUCAGGUGACACUGAGGUCGUCGUAACUGAUGUCAGUAGAUACAAUGGUUCCAAUGUGAAUUUGGACUUUUUGUAUUGGAUUUGAACAGAAAAUCUGCCUCAUUAUUUCCUGUCGAUCAUAUAUAAUCCUUUAUAUUAAAGAGAUAGAGGUGGAGGCUACAAAAAAAGAAAAGUAUGGCUCCAGUUUGGGUGGAGAAACAUGAAAUGUUUUCUUUUCCACAAAACCCCAUGAUAGCCUUGGAGUCUGCAUUUAAAAUCCAGCGUGAAAAAUGUACUCAGUUUAACCACUGGGUGGUGGCAAAACAUACAUUAUUUAGCCGGCUGAAAGUUAACUGUGUAAGUUGGUCCUGCUCCUGUUGAUAUUUCCCAUCCAUGCUUUGUCCUCCACACGAGGGUCAGGGGUCACAGGACGCCGGUGUGUCUGUAUUUCUUUGUCUUUAUUUUCAUAAUCAUACUGUUUUGUAACAAAAGCCUCAGCACUUUAACUGUCAGUGUUUUUACCUGAGGUGCCACGUACAGUGUUUGACAUGGUUCACUGUGUUCAUGAAGCAGGGACACACACACACACACACAUUUGAUUUUUAUCAUUCUAAAGAACUUAAAGAAAGAUGUCUCAUAUGAACCAAAGGUAGUGUGAAGAAAAAGAAAAAUCUAAUUACUUAGAUGAAUGUACUUUUUAAAUACAGUAUUUAUGCAGCUUAUCUCGAUGAACUGGGUGAAUAAGAAUAAGAGGCUGUAAUUGUGUACAAAAUAACACUGUU